GUGGUUGGAGGCAAGGUAAAGAAACCGGGCAAACGAGGUCGUAAACCAGCCAAAAUAGACUUGAAGGCAAAACUUGAAAGAAGUCGUCAGAGUGCAAGAGAGUGCAGAGCCAGGAAGAAGCUGAGGUACCAGUACCUGGAAGAGCUGGUUUCAAGCAGAGAACGAGCCAUCUGUGCUCUCAGAGAAGAGCUUGAAAUGUACAAGCAGUGGUGCAUGGCGAUGGACCAAGGGAAAAUCCCCUCUGAAAUAAAAGCCCUGCUAACUGGAGAGGAGCAAGGCAAAGCACAGCAGAACUCAACCAAACUUGCCAAGGCUGGGAAGACAGAAGCAAACAGCAGCAACCCCUGAGGCCAAUGCAGAACCUUCCGCACUGCAGCAGAGAUAGCUUGGUAGCUAGCAGAAGAACUCUGUUGUGAGAGAAGUGGAAGCAUCACCAGAUGCAGGGGGAAGGAUCCUAGUCCUCUGUCUUCACUUUACUCCUCCCCACAUGAAACUCUUUGAUUGUGGUGUUCCUAAGCCUGCAUGGAGUGGGGCCUUUGGGGUAAUAGGUGUUUGUGUAAGCGGAGCCUUGUUCUUCCUUUCUCUGCACCACUCUUCCCCAAUGCAGCUAUGGCAGCUUUUGGGCAUUCCCGGUAAGAGAUGGGGACUGCUUUUGUGUCAGAGCCCAGAACUGGACUGGCUUUGUGGUCGGUAGUCAUGUGGUUGGUAACCGUUGUGGGAAUCUGAGAGGUUCUGUAAAAUAAAAGCAAGAGGAGGUUCUCCUAACAGCUUUGCUAAAGCCAAAUGGAGUAUUGUAGGUCGAGGAGAAGGAACUGGAUCAAAAGCUUUCAAUAAGAAGGUUUAUAGUCAUGUAACUUGUAACCUAAAUAAAGAUGUUGCUCUCAGC